AUUCGGCAGCCUCGAUCCUGUGCUAUAUCUCGGGGCCAUUAGCAAAAGGGCGACCGUGACUUAGCGUGUGUAGACUCGCAGCCAACAGGUACAUUCAGCCGCGAGCCUGCUGCCAGCCGACGCCGCGCUGCGGAGUAAUCGAUCAAGCUCUCCGAGCAGCCAAAAGCAUAAUGCGCAACGUAGCAGUACUCGCCCUAUGCGCCAUCGCCGCGGCCGCGGCCGAGCCGGCGACUGCCGCGCGGAAGAAGCCCGCCGCCGCGCCGGCAAAGCAGACCAGCCCAGCCACGGCGCCGAAGCCCGCCGACAAGCCCAAGGAGGCGCCGAAGAAGCGCUGGGGCAAGUCUAAGGAGGAGGCCCCGAAGCCGUGGUACGAGUCGAUACCGCAGUGGGCUCAAGUAAUCCUCGCGGUCCUCGCCGCGGAGUUUCUUUACUGCUCCUUUAUCGGAGGAAGGAGCUGGCUGCCCAAAUCAAAGGGCUGCCACGUCAUCAUCACGGGCGGUUCUGAGGGAUUGGGCAAGGCGUUAGCGCACAAACUCGUCGCGAGAGGACACUUCGUCUCGCUGAUCGCGCGCACAAGAUCCAAGCUCGACGCCGCCGUCCUCGAGAUCAACGAGGCCAGCAAAACUAAAAAAUGCAUCGGCGUCGUCGGCGACGUCACGUCCUCAAGCUCCAUCGAAUCCGCUUUGCAAGCCGCGGAACGCGCGCAAAAAUUGCCCGCGGACGCGGUGGUCUGCAACGCCGGCUCGGCGCAACCCAAGCUCUUCCUGGAGACGGAGGGAGAUACGUUCAAGCGACAGAUGGACCUGAACUACAUGGGUGUGGUUCGCACGGUACGGGCGGCUCUACCGGGCCUGCUGGAGCGGGACUCUGGAGCUUUAGUAUUGGUGUCGUCUGGUCUAGCAUUAACAGGCUACGCCGGCUACGCGGCCUACGCGCCCACGAAGUGGGCCGUGCGCGGUCUAGCCGAAGUUUUACGCUCGGAACUCGCGGCGACGCGCGUCUCGGUCCACUUGGCUUUGCCGCCGGGCAUGGCGACGCCCGGCUUCGACAAGGAGAACGCCGAAAAACCUAGAGUGACGAGGGCGAUCGAAGCCGGCGAGCCGACGCACCAGCCCGAGAGCGUGGCGGCCGCUUUACUAUCUUCUUUACAGCGGGGCCACUACGCGUGCGCUUGCGGCGAUUUUGGGCUUGGGUUACUCGUAAGGGCUGGAAGCGGUCUGGCGCCGCGGACGACGUUUUGGAGGGAUUUGGUCUUGUUGCCUUUUAUCGCUAUAAUAGGAGCGUUCUACCGGAGGAUGUGGGACUUCACGGUUCGCAGAGACGCAUCCAGAGAAGACGCCGUCGAGAAGGAGUACCCCGUGCUGAACGAGGCCCUCAAGUCCACGGAAGCGACGUUCAACGACGCCCUGCAGGCGGCCGACGACACGCUCAAACGGCUCACUUCUGACGAAGCGCCGGCGCCGGCGCCGGGCAUGAUGGAGCGUUUACUCGGUAAGAAGGAGGAACCGCCGGCACCCGGGCUCCUGGAUUCGAUCAUGGGCGAAGCGCCGGCGCCGGCGCCGGCGCCGGGCCUCAAGGAGCGCGUCUUCGGCGCGCCGGCGCCGGCGCCCGCGCCCGGCUUGCUGGACUCGAUCAUCGGCGACGCCGCGCCGGCGCCGGCGCCCGCGAAGAAGUAG